AUCUCAACGGUUCGGUUCGGGGGCAAAGGCCCUUGCGAUGGUUGUGGAGUACUUUGGCCUCCAUAUCCGAGUCACUGUUGGUGAGCGCUUAUAAUAAUGUUCACAAAUGGCCCUUUAUAACCAAGAUGGAUGAAAACAUAAUGCUUGGUUAGAAGAUCGCGAUCCAGCUGGCCAACUGCGUGGGAGUCGUGGCCAUUGCUAGAGCUAAACCUAGAAAAUUAGCUUCAAGCAUCACUCGGGGUUACUCUAACAUGAAUCCCCCGAAAUGAAUCUCACCUUAGGAGUCAGUCUCUGGCCUUCAUCCUCCGCGGUGUUCAGCCAUUCACCGCGUUGUUCAACUUCAGAAGACACUUGCCGGAUUGCCGUGGUGAUCAACUGUUCCAUUCUUGUCCUAGCUGGCUCUACAUGCCACCGGCCCUUGACACGCGAAAAGCUUUUGGUUCUUGACGUACAAACCACCUUUGGUCAUGGUUGUCGGCCUUCACAGUUGUUGGCCUUCACAGUUGUUGGCCUUCACGGUCGUUAGCCUUCACGUAUAUGAUGCCACCUCAGAGUUUUGAACUAAUUUCUGUGACUUCCUCUCCCACUGGAUCGCAUAAUGGAUCAUGAUCCCUGGAUGAAUUGGGCAUUGAGUACAGGACAAUUAUUUUUCGAUGAUUCCCAGCAGAACUCGACGAGCGACGAUCAAGUGUUUGCUCAACCAGGCUUUUUCCAAAGCUAUAGCGUAUCCAUGGGAUAUGACUACAAGUAUGAGCUCCUCUAUGUUCCUGCUUGAGGGAAGUUAACUCCUUCAAUAGUGUUACUGGACAGGCUUCACACA